AUGAAGAAAAAGACAAUCAGAGAGCAGAGUAAAUUGCGCCUUUCCAUCAAAGAGAAAGAAAACCUUUUGGAGGAGGUGGAAAAGUGGCGCCAUUUAAAUGCCGAUGCUGAUGAUGAGAACUCUGUUCGUCAUAUGCAAACGGUGGGAGCGAAGCUUUCAUCACGGCUCUACGAAUCACUUAUUCCAGUCGAGAAAGGUCAUUUGGUUGUGACCUUUCCCGAAUGGUGCCAUCGAUCAUUAAAUCAACUGAAAAAAGUGGUAGCCGACUUGACGGUAGAGACAUGGCCUCCCAGAAAUUUGGAGCUGGAGAGAGAAUGCCAUCUACCGGGAUCGAACCUGGUUAUUUUUUCUAUUGUCGUCAGUGACGAUGACAGUCAUGUUUUUAUUGCCGAUUGGGACGACAGAUUGAUCGUGGAAUUUAACGAAUCGGGAGAAGUCGUUGACCAAAUUUUCUUCAGAGACACAGGGGAGAAAUUCUAUCCCCGGGACAUGUGUUGCUUAUCUGAAGAAGACACUUUGGUUGUUUGUGGUUGUGUGAGAGACCGGGGAGGAAGACUUUUAAGAAAAUGUCUGAAUUUUAAUCAAAUCCUGUCUCGUUUCUUGGUAUGUUUAUCGGGCUAUCUCUUAACUCUUCCAGUGUCGUAUAAGUCCUUCUUCUUCUUUUUCUUCUUUUUCUUUUUCUUCUUCUGUCAUGUCAUUCAAUGUUUUUUUAAAUGUUUCUUAUUCUUUUAUUAUCAUUCAAUGUUUAAUUAUGGGGUUCGAACCAUUCUUUACCAAUUAUUAAAAUAUUUUUAUAGGAAUUCUCCACCUCCCUUACUCUUCGUUUCAAUCGAUCCCCCAUUUUUCUAUUUAUCGGACACUUACGGAAAACUGGACUUCUUCUUCGGAACGCUCAUAUACCCGAAAGAAUUUUCGAAAGGAGAUGAAAAGGUACCACCUCAAUUUACUGGUUGUGGACAGCGGAUUAUUUGA